AACCGCUUUCUUCAGGGCUGAGCAUUACGGACAAGAACGACUUUGAAUGGUACUGACAAUGUCUUCAAAUUCCAGCAGUUAUUUCACGAUGAGGAACGACUCUCAACUAAACCAAACUCUACUAUCUAACAUGGGAUCCCCUUUGUUAAGUCCUGAAGCCUUUCGACUCUUAACUAACGUAUUCUUUUCGUGUAUUAUAGCAACGGGCGUGAUAGGAAAUGGACUUGUUAUAGCGACUAUUCUUCGCUGGAAAGAGAUGAGAUCUCCCUGUAAUCUCUUCCUUUUGAACAUUUCUAUAGCGGAUCUUUGUCUGACCGGCAUUGGCGGUUCCUUUAGGAUUGUGGAAGUGUAUUUUGGUUGGAUUUUUGGUGAUUUUUUAUGUCGAUUCCUAGCACCUAUGCAAGAUGUUUUUGUGUCAGUAUCAGGCAUAACUCAUUCUACCAUCGCCUGGGAGAGAUAUCGGGCUACAGUCACUCCCUUCAAACCCAGAAUCUCUAAAGGACGAACAAAACGACUUUUGCCAGUCAUCUGGGUUGUCAGCUACGUAGCUUGUGGUCUGCCGCUUGUAUUCACCACGAAACAAAGUCAGAAAGGAGGGAAAAUGAGGUGCUCUCCACACUGGUCGAUACUGUAUCGCCGCAUUUACGAAGUUUAUCUUGUCGCUGUCUUCAUUGUGCUGCAGCUAGUUCUCCAAACCUAUGCUUAUGCCAACAUCAUACGCGCUUUGCGCUCGGGAAAUGGGAUUUUCAGAAGGUCCACAAGAGAGGGGAGCAAAGUAGUUGAGCAGCUGGAGUUAACGGAAGAUGCCCUCAAUAUUGAAUCUAGAAUGUCCUUCUCAGCACGCAACGCCAGAUGCAAACAAAAAGCUAAAACGAUCAAAACCCUGAUCGUACUUGUCGUAGUCUUCCAAGUCUGUUACAUUCCACGAGGGACUGUCAUGCUAGUAGGGGAAUUCGCCACGAAUCUUUCUUCGCAUUUUCGCUACGUAGAAUUGAUCUCUCUUAUUCUGUAUUAUCUCAAGCAUGUUCUCAACCCUGUGAUCUUGUUUCUUAUGAGUGCGGAGUUCAGUCAAGGCCUCAAGAGUCUUGUCACUGGUCGUAUCAAUGAUAAGCGAAGAUCAAGAGCCUCUCAACGCCAAACAUGUCAGGUACCGCCGCAGGCCAGUAGUGGCGGGAAAAAAAGUGUCGAAGAAGACAUCACUAAUGAAUAUCUGAUCAAGGUGAAAAGAACUGAACAAACUGACGAACAAAGCUAGGACAUGCAGCUUUGACAUGACCACUCAACACCGGCUAAAAGAAGCUGGUACAAAAAAGUCUCCGAUGGAAGUAAUUUUGAGUACGGAUUAAAAACAACAACAUGAUAUUGUCAGGAAUGCAAAACAUGAAAGAAUUUCAAUUUCUAUAUUUUUAAACAAAUUUCGUUUUUGACAGAUUUGUUCUUAAGCUCUCAGCAGGAUUGCUACGCUAACUGGGUGUUUUUUUUG